CCAUGCAACCCUCACCACAAACACGCACACACUUACACAUAUAAAAACAUCAGUUUCCCUACCUAUCCUCACACAAAUAAUAAAGCCAUCUCUCUGCACUUUUGUCUAGUGUGACCAUCACAAUUCCCACCUAUUAACUUACACUCAAACUCAAUUAAACAGCACUCCUUCAUUCAUAUAUACAAAUAUAUCUCUCUUCCACACAUACUAAUUGAAGAUGGGAGUUUCAGGAACCAUGGAAUACUUGUCUGAUCUGCUAAACAGCAAGAAGAAGAAGAAAAAGAAGCAGUUAGCCACAGUAGCUGUGAAGAUCAGAAUGGAUUGCGAUGGCUGUGCUCUCAAAGUCAAGAAAGCACUCUCCGGCGUUAAAGGUGCGAAAUCGGUGGAUGUGGACCUGAAGCAGCAGAAGGCAACGGUGUAUGGUUACGUGGAUGCUAAGAAGGUUCUAGCGGCGGCUAAGUCGACCGGAAAGAAGGCGGAGCCGUGGCCGUACGUGCCCUACACGAUGGUGGCGCAUCCGUACGUUGCCGGCGUCUAUGACAAGAAAGCUCCCCCGAAUUUCGUCAGGGCGACCACUGACCCGGAGGUGGCCGGCUUGAACCCGGUCGAGGAGCAGUAUACUCUCAUGUUUAGUGAUGAGAAUCCUAAUGCUUGCUCUAUUAUGUAGUAGCUUUUGUUCAAAGAGUAUGAAAAUUCAGUGCUACUUUUUGUAUUAAUUGUGAAUUAUGUGAUAUAUGAGCAUCUUCGUGUUUAUGUAUAAAAAUGUCAUAAACAAUA